AUGGCAUUUUUGAAUGCAAUAUCUGUCCCUGAAACCUAUGGGUUUCCCUCUAGCAUGGCAGUCUCUGGCCAUGCUAGAAUGUAUAUCUCUGAGAAACCUAUGGUAUCUACUGAGAGAAUUAAAACCAUGAUUAUGAAUGUAGCCACCAAUAUGCCAGGGAUUGUUGAAAAAGAAGUGGCGAAUGACCGAAAGCUAGUAGCCUGGACAAGUGUUUGUCAAGAACAGUGGGAGGGCGAUCUCGUUGUUGAAGGAGAAAUACCUAAAUGGCUGAGUGGUACAUACUUAAGAAACGGACCAGGGUUAUGGCAUCUCGGAGACUAUCAUUUCCGCCAUCUCUUUGAUGGCUUUGCCACCCUCGUUGGGCUGCAUUUCGACAACGGCCACCUCAAAAUGGGUCACCGGCAAAUUGAAUCUGAAGCCUAUAAAGCAGCAAAAAAUAGCAACAAACUUUGUUACCGUGAAUUCUCUGAGGUCCCUAAACACGAUAAUUUCCUAUCCUAUAUUUUAGACUUAGCCAACCUAUUUUCGGGUGCAUCCUUGACCGAUAAUGCUAGCACGGGAGUGGUUAAGUUAGCUGAUGGCCGGGUGCUUUGUUUGACAGAAACCAUAAAAGGGUCAAUAGUGGUGGACCCAAAUACUUUGGAUACAUUAGAGAAAUUUGAGUACAGUGACUCAUUGGGUGGGCUGAUUCACUCAGCCCACCCCAUAGUUAAUGAUACUGAAUUUUUAACAUUAUUGCCAGAUUUAAUCAAACCUGGUUAUAUGGUGGCAAGGAUAAAUCCGGGUACAAAUGAGCGAGAGGUGAUUGGGCGGGUUGAUUGUUGUGGUGGCCAGUCCCCGGGGUGGGUGCACUCCUUUCCGGUGACUGAGCAUUAUGUGAUUGUACCAGAGGGGCCAUUGAGGUAUUGUGUCAAAAAUUUGUUGAAGGCUGAACCUACACCACUUUAUAAGUUUAAGUGGUGUCCUGAAUCUAAAGGGUUUAUGCACGUUAUGUGCAAAGCUAGUGGCAAAAUUGUUGCAAGUGUGGAAGUUCCUUUGUUUAUGACGUUUCACUUCAUCAAUGCGUAUGAAGAAACAGACGAAGAAGGAAGAAUUAUCGGAAUCAUUGCAGAUUGUUGUGAGCAGUAUGCCGACACCACCAUCCUUGACAACCUUCGGCUUCAGAACCUGCGUUCAUGGGCCGGAGAAGACGUUCUCUCUGAUUCUAGGGUUGGGCGAUUUAGGAUACCAAUGGAUGGAAGUGAUAGUAGAGGAGAGUUAUUUGAAGCCAUAAAUCCAGAUGAACAUGGGCGAGGGAUAGAUAUGUGCCGCAUUAACCCUGCAUUUUUGGGGAAGCCAUAUCGAUAUGCUUAUGGUUGUGGUGCUCAACGCCCUUGUAACUUCCCCAAUACUCUCACCAAGAUAGAUUUGGUUGAUGGGAAGGCCAAAAACUGGUACGACGACGGUGCAGUCCCAUCUGAACCAUUUUUUGUGGCUAGACCGGGUGCAAUAAAGGAAGACGAUGGAGUGGUGAUAUCGAUAAUAAGUGAUAAAAAUGGGGAGGGAUACGCAUUGAUCUUAGACGGGUUAUCGUUUGAGGAAAUUGCAAGAGCGAAAUUUCCAUACGGACUACCAUAUGGACUUCAUGGAUGUUGGGUUCCAAAGAACUAG